UGGUAGCACUGUUUUACGGUUUUAUCGCAUUUGGUGAUCAAAUAUUUUUCGAGUCUGGUCGUGCUGUAGUGUUUAUUGAGAAGGUUUAAAUUCUCAUUCUGUGUAAUGUGAUCCGAAAACGAGAAUCUAUCCUCUCAAACAGAUGGAUGUGACGAAUAUUGCCAGGUGCGUAUUAAAGCAGAACAGAACAUAUUACCCAUGAACGCGGGAGAAGGGCGGUCACGUCUUCUUGGCAGCCAUUGGUCCUACGUAAAGGGACCUGAGAAAACCAUGGCAGAAGAUCAGUCAGGAUAACCUGUCUCGACACCAGGACUUCAACAAUUCUACAAUAAUUCCUGCAUGACCCUUCGCAGUAUUUCGUUUACAUUGGAUUCUACAAACUUAGAUUCUGAACUGAUUCUGAGGCGAAUUAUUUCAAACAAAUGGGACUACGAGGGUGGAGCAUCAGCCAGUCACAAGGCAUCAUCUAUCGGUACAAGACAACAUAGGAUGACGAGGUACAAGCAAGCAGAGCUCGAAGAGGAUGAUAGCAGUAGCGUGGGUUCUGUCCAGCUAACAGAAGGUGUCUCUGCCACUGCAACUCACAUCAGAUACCACACUGGAACAACAAUAUGGAAGACACGAAGCCUUUUAGAAAAGUGUCUUCUAAUACUUACUGCUACACUGCUGCUCCUUGUAUUUGUUCUGGGAACAUUACUCAGUGCCACAAGCAGAGAAGAGCCAGCUCUACAAGUGAUACAUGUAGGACCACAUACUGCAGAUGAACAAUACUGUCUGACUGUCCCAUGUGUAACGGCAGCUGCGUCCAUGCUUAUCUCUUUGGAUAUGAGUGUUAAUCCAUGUGAUGAUUUUUACCAGUAUUCCUGUGGAGGCUGGGUGCGUUCCAACCCUAUUCCAGAUGGAAAGUCUAUGUGGGGCACUUUUGGCAAGCUAGAGCAAAAGAACCAGCUAGUUGUCAAGAAUGUUUUAGAGAAACCUUUUGUUGAGCUAAAGAGCAAAGCAGAAGAGAAAGCAAAAAUGUAUUACUUAUCCUGUAUGGAUUCUAAUGAAACAAUUGAGGCUCUGGGAGCAAAACCUAUGCUGAAUUUGCUGAGAAAAGUGGGUGGUUGGAACAUAUCUGCUGUAGGUGGAAAGCCAUUUAAUGUUUCAGCAUGGAAUCUCCAAAAUACCAUCCAGGUUUUGCAGAAUCGUUAUAACAUGGGAGGUCUGUUCUCAUGGGCUGUCGGAGAAGAUGACCGUAACUCUAGCAGACAUGUAAUACAAAUUGAUCAAGGAGGUCUGACACUUCCUACAAGAGACAAUUAUUUAAACAAAACAGCAAAUGAGAAGAUUCUAGCUGCAUAUCUGGAUUAUAUGACAAAGAUUGGAGUUCUACUUGGAGGAGAGGAGAAUUCAACACGUGCACAGAUGCAGGGAGUGAUUGAAUUUGAGACACAAAUAGCAGAAAUCACUUCUCCUCCCGAAGAUCGCCGUGAUGGAGAAAAACUUUACCAUCUUAUGCCUCUUAGUGAAGUCCAAGAAAUGGCUCCCUUUAUGUCGUGGCAGGAAUACUUCUCAGAUGCAAUGCGUACAUCACAAAGGAAAGUAACAGGCAAGGAUAUGGUUGUAGUGUAUGCUCCUGAGUAUCUUGGAAAGCUGUCAGCAAUUGUUACUAAUUAUACCCUCACAAGAAAAGGGAAAAUUAUUUUGAACAACUAUUUGGUGUGGCAGACUGUGCGCAGUUUAACUGCGUGCCUCUCAAAAGCCUUCCGAGAUGCUUACAAAGGAUUGCGUAAAGCUCUGGUUGGCUCUGAAGGUGGGGAAGAGCCGUGGAGAUACUGUGUUACUGAUACCAAUAAUGUGCUUGGAUUUGCUAUUGGAGCUAUGUUUGUCCGAGAAGUAUUUCAUGGGAAUUCCAAACCAAUGGCUGAGGAAAUGAUCAAUGAAGUGAGGAAUGCAUUUAAGAGUAACCUUCAGAACCUCACAUGGAUGGAUACAGAGACUCAAGAGGCAGCUAAGAGUAAAGCAGAUGCCAUCACAGACAUGAUAGGUUUUCCAAAUUAUAUCCUUAACCCUGAUCAGCUGGAUGAUAAGUACAAGGAUUUAGAUAUUCGUCAGUAUGAAUACUUUGAAAACAACCUACGUGUGAAUCAGUAUAACUUACGUCGUAAUGUGGAGAAACUUGACCAGCCAGUGAACAAGACCAGGUGGGGCAUGACCCCGCCAACAGUGAAUGCCUACUACACACCGACCAAAAACCAGAUUGUAUUCCCUGCUGGAAUAUUACAGGCUCCAUUCUAUGACAUUGAUCAUCCACGAUCACUAAAUUUUGGUGGCAUGGGAGUUGUGAUGGGUCACGAGCUCACCCAUGCCUUUGAUGACCAAGGAAGGGAAUAUGAUCAAAAUGGAAACCUGCACCAGUGGUGGAACAACAAAACAAUAGCAAAAUUUAAGGAGCGCACUGAAUGUGUUGUGGACCAGUACUCAAAUUAUGAAGUCAACAACAAACACUUGAAUGGCAGACAAACUCUAGGAGAAAAUAUAGCUGACAAUGGAGGCUUGAAGGCAGCAUACCACGCAUAUCUUAAGUGGGCAUCUACACAUCAUGAAGAACUACCAAUACCAGGUCUAAAUCUUACUCACAGACAACUCUUCUUUCUUAGUUUUGCACAGGUAUGGUGUUCCUCUAGUACAGAUGAGGCAACAAAUUUGCAGAUUGAGAAAGACCCCCAUUCACCACCUCAGUUCCGUGUUAUUGGUCCUCUAUCUAAUCUGCCAGAAUUUUCCCAAGAAUUCUCCUGUCCGGUUGGAUCCAAGAUGAAUCCAAAAAAUAAAUGUGAAGUGUGGUAAACAGCACAACAAAAAAUACAAUAUUUAUGAAGGAAGUGGUGAUAUAAAGACAUCUGAGGUAUUUUAAAAAUUGUCACAGAAGAAAGUAGAUGAAAAUUAUUUUUAAAAUAAUAUAAAAACAAUAAGGCAGAUAACAGAAAGGACAGUAUAAAUGUUGUUAUUGGUCUCUGCAAGUUGAAUGUUUGAUUUUGACGGUGUAUUAUUUUGGUUUUGGAAGAUGGUGUCUGAGCUCUCUUUUCAUGUCAUGGCAUAAAAAAUAUUGCAGUACUCUCAUCAUCAUAGAUUACAUUUCUUUCAGUUUGUUCUUAAAGAUUCUACCAUGAUGGAUGAUGUACCAUCAUUAGUUUCCCAUACCAGGAUGUGUAAGAAUACCUAAGAAACUCUCAGUAUCUGAUGCCAACAAAAACAAUAUGCAUUUCUGGUGUAUCAUAUGCAGUAAUACAGCCAUGGGUUACUUCUCAUGCCUAAUAGGAUCAUUUUAAUGCAGAUUUGUUGCAUCACAGGAGGACUAGAACCUAAUUCUUUAUCACAUUCUUUUGUUGUAAUUAAUGUGUCAGCUGUUAGGGAAUGGAUGGGUUGAUGAUGAUCAGUAAUGCAUUUAAGGCAAAGCUUAUUGCACACCUUUUUCUUUUUAUAAUAUCGUUUUCUUUUCAGCAGCUCAAAUAUAUGUUGAGUUCUAAAUGAUAACUGAAAAUGUAUGAUGUAAAUUACUGCAGAUAUUACCAAAAUCUUUGUUGGUUUUUCAAUACUACCUAAAAUGUUAUUGUCCAUUUUGGAGAAUUAAAUGGUUUAUAUUAUUCAGUUAGAUUUUUCAUAUAUGCUCUUCUUUGUUAACUGUAAACAAUAACCAACGCAGAAAAUAUUUCACUCUAUGAAAUAACAUUACUUCAUUAAAAUUUUACAUAUAUUCAUAAGAAAGCAAAAUGUUUUCAAGCAUAGUACAUUAUGGGAAAAAUAUAAAUGUCUUAAGGUAUGAAGAAAGUUCCCUCAGAUCUGAAAUUACCUUUACAAAAGGUGACAGAAGUUUAGAUCUUUACAUUAUAAUGUUGAUUUUACAUUACAAGUAUGUGUUACAUGUUUUAAGUAGAUCUGAAGUAUUGAACUUAUUUUUAGUCUUUCCACAUGAAUAGUGGGGUGUAUGUACUGGAAACUGUAUUUGUAUUAUAUGCGUCUGAAGACACCUCACAUACUGACUUUCUUGCAGUUUCUGCUGUACUAAUUCACAAGCCUCUUAAAUCAGUUGCACAUUAAGGUGAAACAGGCAUAUUUAGUAGAGAGAAUAGUAUUGUAAUUGGAACUUUUCUUUUACUGAGAUGUUUACUUGCACAGUUUAGACCAGACACAAAACCAAGUGAUGAGAACCAUCAAAUGUGUUUUGGUUAAGGAGAUAUGGUCCAGAUUGCUUUAAAAUUUAGGCAGAAGAAAAUUCAGUCACUUUGUGUACAGUGUACUGGUACUUCAUAAACAUUGCUCUCUGGUUGUCAAGAAUGUGAAAAGUAGGGCAUGUGCUAGACAUUUGAAUCCAUGGAAGUUACAAACAUUGUUUCAAACUUCACUGUAUUUUAAAAGAUUUGAAAUUCCUGGAAGCAACUUACAGUUACAUUACAAUCUGAUAAAUUAAAAGAUUAAACAAACAUUCAGUUUUACCAUGUUUACACUACUGACAGUUCUGAGUUCCUUGCACAGUUGUGCUGCUUCGCCCUACUAGUGAUCACACAUUCUGUUUACAUUAAAAUUCUUUUAAUUAAUCAGUUGUCUCUUCGCCAUCAACUCUAUGAUUGCAUACACCUCAUAUUUAAUUACAUUUUUGGAUACAUACAGUCCAUGACUGUAAUCUUGAGACUUGCAAGGAAUGCAGUAAGUCCGUAGCGUUAAAGGCAUACACUAUCUUUCCUCCUUCCUCCUUCACCCCACUUCCUCAUCCCGCAAGUCUCAAGAUUACAGUUGCAGACUGUAGUAGUUUCAGAUCAAAAUGUAAUACCGAUUAUAAACUUCAUUUGUACUUAAUUAGUAAACAGAACACAUAACAGAAAGAUGACUAUUUCCCGUUCAAUCUUGCAGUGACUGCACAAAUCAUUUUUCAUUCUCUGGAUAUUAUGAUAAUCUUUCCAGAUACAUUCUACCACUGUAAUCAUUCUAAAAUGCACAGUGUUCUCAGAUCCUUUCUUAAUUAUAAAAUAAAUUUGUUUUUUGUAGCAGUACCACUGAAAUGUGUGUUAAUGAGAUAUUCCUUUGUGCAUUAUAGGAUGAGCCAUGUAGAUAAAUGUUCUAGUCAUUACGUUGUUUAUUGCUUUAUGUUACUGCUAUGUAUGGCAUACUUUGUUACAGAUUUUAUGAAUACGUGAAACCAGAUUUUGAAUCUUCUAAAAAUUGUUUCUGUUUGUGUUGUUUUGUUCUGUAUUUUAAUGUUCUACUCCUUUUCUGCAAGUCUUUUAAAGAUGUUACAGUUGUAAAUUGACUACAGAAUAUGUGACUGUGGCCUACUUAUUGUAUGUACUACAUUAUUACUUUUCUGGAGGAAUAAAGGAAAUAAGAGCAUGAUAGGAAAGGUAAAAUUAUAGAUCAAAAAAAUGCCAGAGUGUAUUUGAUUUGCUAUGUUUUAAAAAGGUAAAAAGUUACCAAUACCAAAGAAUUAACAUUUUUGUAACAUUUUAGCAUCUUUUCUAACAUAUAACAUACUUGAAAUUGAAAUGUUUUAGAAGAUACAGUGCAGUUUAUAGUUUUCCAUUUUAUUAAUUGCUGUACAGAAUUUGAAUAUGCUGACUUCUACUGUUAUUAGAUAUAGUUUUACAUACCUUGCAUUCCAUUUGGACACUGCCUUCUUCUUUACUUCAUAGUCCUCUCAAGUACAUCUUGUACAAUAACAGUUGCUAAAAAUAGGAACUGAAUAAAUCAGCAAAUAGACCUGAUCAGAAAAUUUGUGUGAUAUGAAGGAUGGUCUGUAAGUAAAAACUGCUAUAAAACAAAAUUAAAUAAAUAAAUACCUAUUUUGUGACCUUCAGACAGAUUUUAUUUCAUAUGAAUUUUGUCACAGUGCACACAGUUCACUAGACUUCCAGGAAUUCAUGAUGAAUUACACAUAUAGAAAAUAUGUGAAUUCAAUUUUGUAUUUGUUGCUGAACACCUGGGAAAAUAAUACAAGACUGCACUGUGUUUGAUACAAAAUAUAUGAUGAUCAUAUUUUGCUGAUAACAGUUUAAGUCAGCUUUGUGGUCUAUAAUGGUAGUCGUCUCUCAUGGUUAAUUAAAACGUGAACAGUUUUUAAUAUAAUGUUAUCUGAAACAUGUUUGCGGUUUUCAUGGCAGUGUUAAUUAGUUUACUUUGGAGACAUUUCUUAAUGUUUCAGAUAAAUUACAGUAUUUGUGUUCAGGAUAUAAAUGAUUUCUAUGAUUGAGCUGGUCAUUUCCUCCGAGAUGUCUGAUGUUUCUUUUCAAAACAGAACAACACUGUGGCCACUCAGACUUGUCAAGUCACCAGCUUCUAAUUUUCUGUCUUGUCUACAGUCGGAUAACUAGUCAUAAGUACUGGUGUUGGUCUGCUAUGAAAUUCUACAUGGGUACCAUUAUGAGAAUCAUACAUUUCAUCAUGUGUUGUAAUGAAGUGUUAGCAUUUACACUUCACAUUCAAGAGGUCUCCGAUUUAAAUCUCUGCCUGAAGAUAAGGUAACCUGGCAGGUUUUUGUAAUUUUCUUCAGUUAACCCAAAUGCUGGAUUAGUACCUUAAAUUAGGCUACAACUACUUCCACGUGCUUUUCAGUUCAUUAAUCUUCCUGUUAUUUGACACUGUACUAGAUGGUGCAAAAAAUUAAAGACAAUGGUGAAAAUGAAUAGCUGAGCAGAUGUGAAUGAAACUCAAUGUUGUGUACGAAAGUAUUUAUUCAGUUUGAAGUUUCAUUCAUAUAUAUUGAGCUGUUCACUUUUACUGUUUCUUAUAAAAGCAUCAGAUUUGUGCACCACCUGGUAUAACCUGAAGAAUUUCGAAAUUUAUGUUCUAAAUUUCAUAUAUGUAAAUACAUUUUUCUUUUAUAGAUAAUUAUCAAGCUUACAUUCAUUUAAAAUAUGAACAAAUGUAUAUGAUAUAUGCUACCAUAAUGUAACUAAGUUCCACCACAUGUUUAUAGAAAGCUACUGUCUGGUGAAUGGGACCUACACAUUGUGAGAUUUCAGGUUCUUGCAGCUUUGAAGAUGACGGUUGUGGUCUUAUGGGUCAUGGUUAAACCUGGGGAUAGAGGCAGUAUGUUCAUCCAAAAUGUUGGUUUCUACUGACAAGACUACAUGGCAUCUCAACCCAGAAGACAAUUGAUGGCCUCCAAAUUGUGUUCUACUCCUGUUCCCUCUCCUCCACCUUGAUUGCCAAAACAUCUGAAUUCUGGUAAUUGCGAGCAAUUGCAAGUAUUAUUUAACAUAAUAACUCUGACCUUCAUCUCCAUAUAACUGUGGGGUUAAUAAUGAAUGCAUAGUGCUGUAUCUCCCUACUUAUGUGUGCUUUAAUGACAUAUUAGGCAAAUGGGGAAACUUUGCCUUUAUCUUAUACAGUAUGGAACGAUAUGAAAAGCAGAGAACUAGGAAGGGAGGGGGAAUAAAUCUAUCCACUCAUGGAACUUCCAUAAUGAGAGGGAAACGGGCAGACUAUAUGGAAUAUGUGAUGAAAUAGAGUUCCUUAUCAUAACAUCAUCUUUUGUUAAAAUGUUUUAACAGUUUUUAUAAACAUAGUUGCAAAAUAUACUAUAACAUUGAGAAGUUUAAUACAGUCAGCUGUGCAUAAGUGACAUAUUUUACUGUUCCUAUUUUACAGACCUGAGUGAUCUUUCCAGAGUUAACAUUUUCUGAUGCAUAUUAUCAAUUGACUAAAAUGUCCUAUUAUAGAAUUCAUUGCUCCUGAAAUUUAAGUGGUCAUUUCAAACAGAGAUGGUGCAUUGCCUAGGUGAAGAGUUAUAACAGCUCUCUUUGAGGGGCAUAAUGUUCAUAUCUCUUUCACAUAAAUCGUGAUUUGGUAACAUAUUUUUGUAGCAAUCAUUAAUAGCAUUUCAUUACAUUUGCAGUAUAACUUUCAAUAAAAAUGUCCAUUUGCUGAAAGCAAGGAAUUAACAUUACAUGACAAUGUCACUCCAAUAUUUCAAUUCACAUAUUGAUUGAUGACAUUUUUAUGUUCUAAAUCUUUGAGGAGGAACUAUUAUUAUAAUGCUACAUUUAUGAUACAGGUCCACAGCUGUUCAUUUCUAUAGUCAAUAUUUUUGUUUCAGUGUAUCAAUAUUUUUGUUUCAGUGUAUCAAUUUAUUAUGAAGUUAAAGUCCUGGUUUGUCACAAUGUUAAUAAUGAAUGUAUGAAAAGACAGCAGUUUAAUCAAGGCCUAUACUGAGGCCACAGGAGAACGAUCCAUGGAUUGAUCCCAUCCACAUCUCCCUCACGCUGUUAUACUUCCCACUUCAUGUUCCUCUACAUUCCCCUCCAGCCACUUAGCCAUUUUUAUAGGAAUUUUGGUAGUGAUAACCUUCACUAGUGACAGUUGUUUUGGGUUGGCUGAUAGGCUGGAGGGGCCGAGGGAAGCCUUGAGCAUCUUCAUCCCCACCACCUAUGAGACUUUUUCUUCUUUCUCAGAACAAAUGCAGAUUUUACAGAUGCUGCUGAUAAAGUCAACCUCAAUUCUAAAAAUAGGUUUGAGAAAGUUAUGUUCCUGAGAGAUGUUUUAUCAUAACAGAACCCAAGGGAGACUUUUCAUGCCAUUAAAAAGACAAUUUCUUGGAGACUCAUCAGAAAUAUUCCAUCCAGGCUCUCCAUCUGCAUGUGCCUCUAGAAUGUUAGUGAAGCCUUCAGACUUGAGGUUGUGUUAUUGAUAUAAUGAGUGCAUCAGUAGGCAUUCUAAUGUGUGUUCCAAAUUUCACAGUUUUGUGUGCUUGCUGAUAAUAAAGCUAGGCAAGAAGUAAUCAUAAUGGAAACUGUAAAAGCAAUUUUUAAAAUUUAGUAAAUCAGAGGUGUAUGUUAAAUAUAGACCACCAUCAGUAUAUAUAAGUAUUUUCAGAGAUAUAGUUUUCUUGCCAGUAUAACAUGAAUGUUAAUCACUUAACUGCUUUCAGUUAUGUUGCUGAAAAAGUGGACUUUUAAAAUGUGAUAUUGUAUACAUACUGUCUUGCAGUCUGCUCUUUUCCAAAGCAGGAUUUUCAUCAGAAGUUCAAUAUUUAUCUGUAUAAUAUUUGUAUCAAUAAAAGUGGAAACGUUUUGAUGUCA